GUAACGGCUCCGGAUCCCAGCCCCGCCCCUACCAUAACACUGCUCCGCAAGGCCAUGCUCAACCCCGCUUCCCGCUCUGGCCAAGCCCCUGAGUCCUGGCCCCGCCCCUACUCUGACUUUGCUCAGCGAGACCCCGCUCGGCCUCGCCUUCCUUCUAGUCCCUUCCCAAAAGUCCCGGCCCCUCCCCAGACCCAGGCACUGCUCCCGAGCGUCUUCUAUCCUCGCCUGUUCUGCGAGGCUCUGCGAGGCCCCGCCCUUCUGCCGUGACCACGUCCCUGGGGCUUGGCCCCGAUCCUGCUCGGCCGUGCUCCGCUCGGCCCCACCCUCGAGGCCCCGCCUCUUCUUCGCCUUGGCCCCACCCACCCCUCCAGGCCCCGCCCUCGGCCCCCUUCCGGGCUCCGAACUGGCUCCACCUUCGCCUUGGCCGGGCCCCGAGGCCCCGCCCCGAGACCCCGCCCCCCGUUUCAGGGCCGUUGGCACCGGGCUAACGGUUCCACCACGUCCGCCGCCCUGGACGCCCGCGGCCUGCCCCUCCCUGCCUCUCCUGCGCCGAUACACUUCGAGUGGAUUCUGGCCAUUUGAGCAUUCUCUCCAGCUCUCCAAUCCCCAGUCUGCCCCCACGGGGGUCUCCCCCACCUCUCCCCCGUCCCACAGCCUAAACCCCUCUUCGCCCUGAACCUCCCUUUUCCUCAUGCGGUGAAUGGGCACUGGCCCCGCUCAGACUCCCAGGAGCACCAGAGCUGGCCCUGAGCCAAGCCCUGCCCCACCAGGACCUGGGGACACGGGUGACUCAGACGUGACUCAGGAAGGCUCAGGUCCUGCUGGCAUCCGCGGAGGUGAGACGGUGAUCAGAGCUGGGAUGGGAGACUCCCCAGGCAGAGGGGCACCCGAGAGGAGGCACAAGGCCCAGCCUGGCCGGGCUAGGAAGUAUGAAUGGAGACCAGAAGGCCCCACCAGCAUGGGCAGCCUCGGCCAGAGAGAAGAUCUCCAAGAUGAGGACAGGAACUCAGCAUUCACCUGGAAGGUCCAGGCCAACAACCGCGCCUACAACGGGCAGUUCAAGGAGAAGGUGAUCCUGUGCUGGCAGAGGAAGAAAUACAAGACCAACGUCAUCCGCACGGCCAAGUACAACUUCUUCUCGUUCCUGCCGCUGAACCUGUACGAGCAGUUCCACCGCGUGUCCAACCUGUUCUUCCUCCUCAUCAUCAUCCUGCAGAGCAUUCCCGACAUCUCCACGCUGCCCUGGUGCUCGCUCAGUACCCCUAUGGUCUGCCUCCUCUUCAUCCGUGCCACCCGGGACCUGCUGGACGACAUGGGGAGACACAAGAGUGACAGAGCCAUCAACAACAGACCCUGCCAGAUUCUGAUGGGGAAGAGCUUCAAGGAGAAGAAAUGGCAGGAUCUGUGCGUGGGGGAUGUGGUCUGUCUCCGCAAGGACAACAUCGUCCCAGCCGACAUGCUCUUGCUGGCCAGCACGGAGCCCAGCAGCCUGUGCUAUGUGGAGACGGUGGACAUUGACGGGGAGACCAACUUGAAGUUCAGACAGGCCCUGAUGGUCACCCACAAAGAACUGGCCACUAUAAAGAAGAUGGCGUCCUUUCAAGGCACAGUGACGUGUGAGGCGCCUAACAGUCGGAUGCACCACUUCGUGGGGUGCCUGGAAUGGAAUGACAAGAAAUACUCCCUGGACAUUGGCAACCUCCUCCUCCGAGGCUGCAGGAUUCGCAACACAGACACCUGCUAUGGGCUGGUCAUUUAUGCUGGUUUUGACACAAAAAUUAUGAAGAACUGUGGCAAGAUCCAUUUGAAGAGAACCAAGCUGGACCUCCUGAUGAACAAGCUGGUGGUUGUGAUCUUCAUCUCCGUGGUGCUUGUCUGCCUGGUGUUGGCCUUCGGCUUCGGUUUCUCGGUCAAAGAAUUCAAAGACCACCACUACUACCUCUCGGGGGUGCAUGGGAGCAGCGUGGCCGCAGAGUCCUUCUUCGUCUUUUGGAGCUUCCUCAUCCUGCUCAGCGUCACCAUCCCGAUGUCCAUGUUCAUCCUGUCCGAGUUCAUCUACCUGGGGAACAGCGUCUUCAUCGACUGGGACUUGCAGAUGUACUACAAGCCGCAGGACGUGCCUGCCAAGGCCCGGAGCACCAGCCUCAACGACCACCUGGGCCAGGUGGAAUACAUCUUCUCGGACAAGACGGGCACGCUCACGCAGAACAUCUUGACCUUCAACAAGUGCUGCAUCAACGGCCGCGUCUACGGGCCGGAUUCAGAGGCCACGACCCGACCUAAGGAGAACCCCUACCUCUGGAACAAGUUCUCUGACGGGAAGCUGCUCUUCCACAACGCGGCCCUGCUGCACCUCGUGCGGACCAACGGGGACGAGGCCGUGCGGGAGUUCUGGCGCCUGCUGGCCAUCUGCCACACGGUGAUGGUGCGGGAGAGCCCCCGUGAGCGCCCAGACCAGCUGUUGUACCAGGCGGCCUCCCCCGACGAGGGGGCGCUGGUCACCGCAGCCCGGAACUUCGGCUACGUGUUCCUGUCCCGCACCCAGGACACCAUCACGAUCAUGGAGCUGGGGGAGGAGCGAGUCUACCAGGUCCUGGCCAUAAUGGACUUCAACAGCAUGCGCAAACGGAUGUCGGUGCUGGUUCGAAAGCCAGAGGGCACCAUCUGCCUGUACACCAAGGGCGCCGACACGGUCAUCUUCGAACGCUUGCACAGGAAGGGGGCAAUGGAAUUUGCCACAGAGGAGGCCUUGGCUGCCUUUGCCCAGGAGACCCUGCGGACACUGUGCCUGGCCUACAGGGAGGUGGCUGAGGACAUUUACGAGGACUGGCAGCAGCGCCACCAGGAGGCCAGCCUCCUGCUGCAGAACCGGGCACAGGCCCUGCAACAGGUGUACAACGAGAUGGAGCAGAACCUCAGGCUGCUGGGAGCCACAGCCAUCGAGGACAGACUCCAGGACGGCGUCCCUGAAACCAUCAAAUGUCUCAAGAAGAGCAACAUCAAAAUAUGGGUGCUCACCGGGGACAAGCAGGAGACGGCUGUGAACAUCGGCUUCGCCUGCGAGCUGCUGUCAGAGAAUAUGCUCAUUCUGGAGGAGAAGGAGAUUAGCCGCAUCCUGGAGACCUACUGGGAAAACAGUAACAACCUUCUAACCAGGGAGUCCCUGUCGCAGGUCAAGCUGGCCUUGGUCAUUAACGGAGACUUCCUGGACAAGCUGCUGGUGUCCCUGCGGAAGGAGCCGCGCGCCCUGGUGCAGAACGUGAACAUGGACGAGGCGUGGCAGGAGCCCGGCCAGUCCAGGAGGGAUUUCCUCUACGCCAGGCGCCUGUCCCUGCUGUGCCGGAGGUUCGGGCUCCCGCUGGCUGCACCGCCAGCCCAGGACUCCAGAGCUCGCCGUAGCUCCGAGGUGCUGCAGGAGCGCGCCUUCGUGGACCUGGCGUCCAAGUGCCAGGCGGUCAUCUGCUGCCGCGUGACGCCCAAGCAGAAGGCCCUGAUCGUGGCCCUGGUCAAGAAGUACCACCAGGUGGUGACCCUGGCCAUCGGGGACGGUGCCAACGACAUCAACAUGAUCAAGACCGCGGACGUGGGCGUGGGGCUGGCGGGCCAGGAGGGCAUGCAGGCAGUUCAGAACAGCGACUUCGUGCUGGGCCAGUUCUGCUUCCUGCAGCGCCUCCUGCUGGUGCACGGCCGCUGGUCCUACGUGCGGAUCUGCAAGUUCCUGCGCUACUUCUUCUACAAGAGCAUGGCCAGCAUGAUGGUGCAGGUCUGGUUUGCCUGCUACAACGGCUUCACCGGCCAGCCCCUGUAUGAAGGAUGGUUCCUGGCUCUUUUCAACCUCCUGUACAGCACCCUGCCAGUUCUCUACAUUGGGCUCUUUGAGCAGGACGUGAGCGCAGAGCAGAGCCUGGAGAAGCCGGAGCUGUACGUGGUGGGGCAGAAGGACGAGCUCUUCAACUACUGGGUCUUCGUCCAAGCCAUCGCCCAUGGUGUGACCACCUCUCUGGUCAACUUCUUCAUGACACUGUGGAUCAGCCGCGACACGGCGGGACCCGCCAGCUUCAGCGACCACCAGUCCUUUGCGGUCGUGGUGGCCCUGUCUUGCCUGCUGUCCAUCACCAUGGAGGUCAUUCUUAUCAUCAAGUACUGGACCGCCCUGUGUGUGGCGACCAUCCUCCUCAGCCUUGGUUUCUACGCCAUCAUGACUACCACCACCCAGAGCUUCUGGCUCUUCAGAGUAUCCCCCAAGACCUUCCCGUUUCUGUACGCCGACCUCAGCGUGGUGUCCUCUCCCUCCAUCCUGCUGGUGGUCCUGCUGAGCGUGUCCAUAAACACCUUCCCUGUCCUGGCCCUCCGAGUCAUCUUCCCAGCCCUCAAGGAGCUACGUGCCAAGGAGGAGAAGGUGGAGGAGGGCCCCAGCGAGGAGAUUUUCACCAUGGAGCCCUUGCCUCAUGUACACCGGGAGUCUCGUGCCCGCCGUUCCAGCUAUGCUUUCUCCCACCAUGAGGGAUAUGCAAACCUCAUCACUCAGGGCACAAUUCUGCGGAGGGGACCAGGGGUCAGCAGUGACAUAGCAUCUGAAUCCCUAGACCCAUCUGAUGAAGAGGCAGCUUCGAGCCCAAAGGAGUCACAUUGGCACCUCAGGAAGAUGUCCUUCCUGGGGAAGAAGCACCAGCCACAGGGGCAGGUGUCCUCCCAGGAAGUACAGCUCCCCCCUACACCUAGCUCAUCAUUUUCUGUGGAUAGACAAUCCUCUCUUCAUUCAGAAAAUCAGCCUGCCCUCCCCAAAUAUGUGCUCACCAGCAGCAACAGGCUAUCUGGGUCUUUCCAAGAGCAAUUGCCAAGGGCACAGGAGAGGUCACUGUCACCCAAGCAGAGGCCACCUUCUCCUGAGAAGUUGCUGUUGACCAAGGAGAGGUCACAUUCUCUUCGGGAGAAAUCACCGUUGCACAGAGAAAGCCAGCUGUCGUCAUCUGAGAGCCAGCCACAGCCUCUGGGGAGCCAGUCAUUGCUUUCAGGCCAGCUGACGUUGGAGAGCCAGCCAGACUCCUCGGAGGAGAAGUGAACAUUUUUGAAGCCCUCCGCACCGCUCCGGAAGAGCUGGCAAAAGGAGCCCCACACUCCCAAGGAGGGGAUGGUGCCACUUCCAGACAAGACCCACAAAUCUCAGGUGGAGACUCUGCCACCAAGUCUGGAAGAAUCGUCCACGUCCACGAGCGAGCAGCCUAUGGAGGUGGAGCCCUGGCCCGUGGAGAAGCAGUCAUCAUCAUCCAUGGAGUGGCUGCUGGUGCCCGGGGAGGAGCAGCUAUCCUUGCCCCCAGAGGAGCAGUCAUUGCCCUCUGCGGAGGGGACCAGGGGUCAGCAGUGACAUAGCAUCUGAAUCCCUAGACCCAUCUGAUGAAGAGGCAUCUUCGAGCCCAAAGGAGUUACAUUGGCAUCUCAGGAAGAUGUCCUUCCUGGGAAGAAGAAGCACCAGCCAGUUCUGCUGCAAUUCAACCAGCAUGCAGGGGGCCUUCCUCUAAAGACAAGGACUCCACAUGCUUUUCUUUUUCUAAUAAACCAGGGUCCAUCUGACCCCAGCGCUAA